ACCUCCAACUUAGGCUUCCCAUCCUUCGACGUGUACCCUUCGACGUGUUUUGUCUUUUGUGGCAACGAGGACUGCUGAAAUAGUAUCUUACUCUCAACCAUGCACACUCACACACUCACACAUAGGCCUUUUUUGUUCGCCAAGGAAGCACACGCCGUCAACCCAUGGCUAUUCAAACGACUGUUCCUGAACAAGAUGUUGCCGCAUCGCCUUGCCGAUAUAUAUCUGAUAGACGACAGCCGCUUCCAUUCCACACCAUCAACUUAUUUUUCUCUACUUUCCUCUCCUUCUCUUCAUCCUUUCAAUCGAAAAUAUUGA